UUGCUCAAACUUAUUUACAGUUAUUUUCUUCGUAUAACUUUGUGUCUAAACAAUUUAAUUCCAUAAAACUAAUUUUUCCAUCGAAAAUGCUAUGGUUUUAGAAUUCUGAUUGUUUCACUGGUUCAAUUUUAUGUUGAACAGGUAGAAAUCGGGAUAGAGUAAACACUAAAAAUAAUUUCUAAGUUGAAGCCUCACCACUAAAAAUCACACAUUAUCUUAGUUUUUGACAACAAUUUCUAGAUGCCACGUUUCCUUUAGGUUUUAUAGAACUCAAUGUUUUGAUGUCGUGGAUAGACAGUGUGGGGUUUAUUGUAAUCUCAAAAAUCUCCACGUGUUUAUUAAAUGUCUUAUCAUUACCCAAUUUUGAUAUCAGCAUCAUCGAAGUAAUGUUUUCAGUUAAUUUUAAUUAGGAAAAAAUUCCCAAAUAUGUUCAAAGCUAUUUUUGAACGUAUCGCCAACUUUUAUUCUCCUGAUAAUAAUAAAAUUUUUGAAGAUUUUUCAGCUCCUUUAAAUUGGCGAUAAACAAGCAGUGUCAUUAUUUUGUUGCACGAGUAGAUGCAAAGAACUAUUUGGAGUAAAAACAUCACCUUCAGCUGUACCAAAACGUAUUUGGAAAAAAUGUACGGAAUAUAGAAAAUUAGAAAAUAAAGGGACAGCGUUCAGAUCCUGGAGAUGUUCGACUCGUCAAUGAUGCACGUCAGCAAUAUUACUAUUAGACAGGGAUUGACAAUUUCUUUGAGACGCAUACAUAUAAAAUUAUACAACCAUCUAUUUUUUGAUGAGAUAAAUACACCUAGGAUUCCAUUUAGGAUACUUAUACUUGUUACUCGAUAUAAAAAGUUUUAAUAUGUUCACAUUUACAAUGUAGAUUGCUGUUGUAAAGACAAAAGAAUACUUGAAAGUUUACCAAAUAUUGAGGGACUUCUGUCAUAUCGUGUGGAUAGUGAAAACAUUUAUUUCAGAAGGAGAAAGAAGAGGAACGAAAUUGCUGAAGGAAAACAGAUUAAAGCAUUGAAGAAUAAACAAACGCAAACAAAGGAAACGCUGUGAAAAAUCCAGCAAGGUGGCACAUUUCAUGUAUCUUGUUGAUAAUGGUCGGAGUUUACAACUGAAAUGCAUUUACUUAAACGCCAUCUUUCAGAGUGUAAUGAAGUUGCUAAGAAAAAACAGAUUAAAGCAUUGAAGAGUGAACUAACGCAAGUCAAGGAAACGAUGCGAAUAAUGCAGAAAGAGAACAAAAUAUAUACAUCAUGUAAAGACACUAAUAUGAAAACAGGGUCAAAGAAACAUGGUAGUUACAAAAUCAAAAUUGCUGAGAGUGGUUUUGCCAAUGUGUAUUGUCACAUGACAUCGUUACCCGGAUGCUCAGAAGGUGGAUGGACAUUAGUCAUGAAAAUAUAUGGUCUUAAGGUUAGGCUUGAUCUUAAAAAACGUAAUGAUGCAUGAUAACCAUAUAAAAGGCUAUAAUGUCUUGUUAUUUUGGUAAAAAAAUGCAUCUUUGUAAUAUCAUAAAAAAUUGACUGAAGCCUGAAGGUAAGUAAUAGCUAGAUAUAAAAUAUUGUGUCCAACGUUUAUGCUGCUAAGAACAUAUGACAAAUCAUCUAAUACAUUUUGCAAAACACUUUCCAUUAUUCAUCCAAUUAUUGGAGCAACAAAGACGU